CUCCAUUCCUUCCUUCUUCUCAGACUCAAUGCGUCGUGGCUCGACCGACUGAAUUCUCUCCACGCUGCGCGCUGGCAGAGACGUUGCAUUAGUCUUGGCCCCCUGCUUCAUCUGUCCCAUGCAUAGAUCUUGAUUACCUUCUCUUGAUUCUGUGAGGAGUUGCAGAUGCGAAAGUCCGGACCUGCUAUCUACGUGGUUGUGGAACCCGCCUCGCCAUCAUUGUAAUACCCCAUCCAUCCUCAAGAACUUCGCUUAUCAUCAUGGCCGAUUUUAUCGCUUUUCAUACUUACUACUCGCGUCAUAAUUUCCUCUCACCCUCCAAGAUGCUUUCGCGGCCCACCAGCCACAGACGAUCUCUUUCCUCCGAGAAUAGGUCUCUCUCCCCCGACAGAACCAUCACUAAAGCGCGCUCGACAAAUGAUUUGUCAGAAACUGUCACCGAGAAAGCGAUUCCUGGCAUCCGUUCAUCAAGCGUUGGAAAUUUUUCCGAUAACAACUUUAAUACCCUCAAGGAUCCGAGACUCGCGACCAGCGCGGAUAGCUCGGAAACCGCUUCUACCCCACAGUCGCACCACCCUGAUCUCAGCAAUGAAGUCGCAGCCUUGAGUGUCAAGCUUGUCCAGGCGAUUAACAACCAAACCACGUUAGACGACAGUUUAGUCGCCACCCGUCAGGAACUUGAGCAAGCUCAAAGCAAGAUCCGCACCCUUGAAUCAGAGAAUGAGAAGCAUCGGCGCGACAUCGAGCAGGAAGUCCUCAUUAAGAAGGCCGAUGUGGAUUACGAGAUGCUGCGCCUACAGGCUGCUUUGGCAGACGAGAAGGCUCAGCGCGCGCUUGCAGAGAAGGAGAAGAAGGGCAUCGAACAGGAGCUGGAGACCUUGACUGCUGCUCUGUUCGAGGAAGCUAAUAAGAUGGUCGCAGCCGCGAAACUCGAGCGUGAAGCGGUAGAAAAGAAGAAUGAGCAGUUACGCGCCCAGGUCAAAGAUACCGAAGCACUGCUCGCAUCGCACCAGGAGCAACUCGCGGAGUUGAAAUCUGUUCUGCAAGGCAUGAACAUCACCAAGGACGACGCGGAUACUCGGACGAUCAUCUCAACUGCUCCGUCUUCUCCAGCUGCACCCCUACGACCUCCUUCUAUUAGGAAGAACAUCGAGGGCUCAGAUGUCACCGAGGAUGUUACUCCCAUGGAGGAGAUUACUCCGGCUCCUUCCACCAGCUUCCCACACUUAAUCAAAGCUAUUUGUCGCACCGACAUUCAAGCAUACGAGGACUUCCGUGAGUUAUUCACCACGUCGAGAUUGUCGAAGCCACCGAGUCGCGCUACCAGUGGGUCCUACGCUGGAUUGAAUGUGAUGAGCCUAGCCAGUCUGAGCGCUGGCAGUUUUGGUUCUGCAUCGUCAUCUCCUGCGAAAUCCAACACACAUUCCCCAAGCGGAAGCGUGUCUUCUCCUCAACCCGUCACUUCCCACAUCCCUCUGAAGGAGACUCGUUUCUACAAGCGGGUUGUUGUGGAAGAUAUAGAGCCGACUUUGCGACUAGAUGCCGCUCCCGGGAUCUCCUGGCUUACUCGGCGGUCAGUGUUGGGUGGCAUUUGCGAGGGAAGUCUCUUGGUGGAGCCUAUGCCGCCAUCGGCAAAGAAGUACGAGUUCCCAUGUUCACUCUGUGGUGAACGCAGGACGGGCUCCGUCAAUGAGAGGACUCACCGAUUUCGCACCUCCGAUAACGAGACUGCCCAGCGCUACCCGCUAUGUGUGCUUUGUUUAGAAAAGGUGCGAUCAUGCUGCGAAUUUACGGGAUAUCUUCGCUUGAUACUUGACGGGCACGUUCGAAUCGGAGAUGCAGAAGAGGAAAAGGAUGCUUGGGAUGAGACUGUCAGAUUAAGGGAGAGAAUGUUCUGGUCUCGAAUUGGUGGCGGCAUCAUUCCAUUGUUCAACCAGUCACACCGCCAUCAUGCGCACCACGAGAGUUUCUCGAGCGCGGCGGAGAUUCCUCUUGAAACGAUUGCGGAUGGCCCGGAAGAAAGCCUGCCGGACCUUACGCCCGAGACUGAACACACAAGUUUGCAUAUACAAAAAAUUGACGAGCUCGACAAUGGAUUGCAGGAGAAGACCUCUCUAAAUGAGGAUCCCUUCGUAUCUGCUACCUCUGAGAUCGAGAUCCCAGUAACUGUCUCUGUGCCCGAUGAUGGUACGGAUGCUGAAGACCAGGAAAAAACAUUCCAUGAUACACACGAACAGAUCGAUGAGCCAUCGGAUGCUUCCCGAAUCGCCCAUGUUGACGAAGAACCCCAGCCCUCCGUGCAUUAGAGGAGACUUGUUAUCAGUCAUCCAGCAUGAGUGGCAUUGCUGAUUCAUUGCGCAAGAUUAUCUUCUAAAGUUUCUCGAUACACCAGCUUCACACAUACACAGCUGUCGUUGUCCUUCCAUUUCGCGUUUCAGAGCCUCAUGUUUCGAUAUCCAGUUGCUAUAUUUUGUUUCUCUUCCCUUCUUACACGAUAUUCUCCUAGUGUGGCUGCUUGCUUAAUCACUCACCGAUCCCGUCGUUCUGCAUCUCAGGCAUAAUUCGAAGCAAGCGCAGCCCAUGGUAUGUAUUAUUAAUCAUUGUUAA